AUGUCGGUUGGGUUACCAGGCAGCGUUGCCCUUCACAAAACUGGCGGCUCAAGUGCCUACCACGAGUCCUGUAUCCCUGCAGCCAAGAAGAAUGUCAGUGUCCCACCUCCAAGACAGAAUUACACAGAAGCAGACUAUACCAAGUGUGAUAUUGUCACUCAGGAUGAAGUAUGGAAACAGUCAGUCAACAAAGAAAAGAAAGGAGUUAAGGAAUGGGAGGAAAAUUGGGGCUUCAUGACAGAAUUUGAUCCUAAGGGUCGUCCAAAGUCAGCAAAAGAGGAACCUACUAACAAAUCUCAGUUUUCUGAAGAUAUAAAUGUUCCCAAUACAAACUCUGGUAAUUAUGGCAAUAGAUUAAACACUGAAGUCGGACAGACAAUGCAAAAUAUGGAGUUCCAGUUCAACAGUGGGAGUAGGAAAAAGAAGAUGGGAAGUGAUAUGAUUUGUUAUUAAUUUCUAGUUAAGGAGUAUUGGAGUAGAAAACAAUAGCUGAAUUGCCAACCAGUUUGUAAUAGUGAUUAAACUGAACAAUGGCAGAUCAAGAAAGAAAAUCUCAAAACGAUGUGAUAGAUGUUGGAUUACUAAUGUCAACAGUUUUAUUUAGUGAAAUCUCAUUCAGUUCUGAGUUACAGUGAUAUGAGAUUUGGUAUGAAAUGAUAAAUAUUGUGAAAGUGUAGCUAGGAUUUGCCAAGGGGGUUCACACUUUGAAAAAUUCCAGGGGGGUUCACAUUUGGCAAUUUGGUCCAAAAAUGGCCAAAAUCACU